GGGUUCCGCGAUAAUGGUGGAACGAAAAUACGUUUCAGCGUUGGUCCUGCUUUUAAAUGUAAUAUUUUGCCCCUUUUCAUUGAAGAGAUGAGUUGAAAUGGACGAGGAAAGCGCAGUGGCCUCACUUCAGGCUAAAGUGCAAGAACUAGAAACGAAACACGAUGAGUUACGUUCUGCAAUCGAAACGAAAGAACAAGAAUUCGGGAAAAAACGAGCCCAAUUUAAAGAGAUUUUUCUUCAGAAAGAAACUGAGCUGAAUGAUGAGGUGACGAAGCUUACAAUAGCUCGUGAAGAGAAUGCGAAGCUCUUGGCUAAUCUACAGAGUGUAUCAACAGAGCGCGAUAAUCUCAAAACCGCCGUCUUCAUCUCAGAGACCUCGAAUAAUGACGAGCUUACGGCAAUGAAGUUCAAAUAUCAGGAGGAGAUUGCCUCCCUCAAAGCAAUAAUGCAUGAUGCGGUCCAGGAUACACGGCAGGAAGAAAAGGAGAAGUUUGAAGCUGAACGCAUGGGAUUGGUUGUGGCCAAUCAAGACUUAGAGAAGAAGGUGUCAAAAUACAAGGCACAAAUCCGCGAGUUAAAAUCCAAACAACUACAACUACUACCACCCCCACAACAAGAGGAUGAUUCAGGCGAUGGGCUGUUUGAUGUGUUGCCAUGGAAAUCGGCACAACCAAGUACACCAGAGCCAGUUGCAGACACUGAUGAAAAUUUGGAGGAUAGCAUGAAGAAGGCUCAAGAGGAUGCUGAGACAUUAAGAUCAAUUGUCAUGCCUCUAGAAGAAGAAAUUGCAUCUUUGAAAUCGAAAUUGAAGAAUGCCAAUGACAAAAUAGUUGUUUUAGAAACAAAGCAAGAAAAGAGACCUGUUAAAAGUAAUGCACAGCAAGAUAUGUCACAUGGAAGUACUUCUGAAGAGACAGAUGAAAAGAUAAAAGAGUUGAGUCAAUAUUUGGAGGCAGAACGGUCAGCCAGAACAGAUCUUGAAAUGUUUGUUGCAGUUUUGAACACACAAAAGACUGUUCUUCAGGAAGAUGCAGAUAAACUUAGGAAAGAACUUCAUAAUGUGUGCAGAUUACUGGAACAAGAGAAGGAAGAGCACCUCGCUCUGAAAGACACCUGGGGCAUGGCGAAUGAUCGCUUUCUAGAGACGCAGCGUGUACAAAAACUUGAGCUGGACAAAAUUAAGAAUCUUUUAACCAUCGAACAACUGAAACUCAUCGGCGAAGAUCCACAAGAGAAGAAUGUCUCGGUGAAGCUUCUCACCCCACCAUCACCGGCGACAAACAAACGUUUCUUAAGCCGUAAACUAAACAAGCAAGGAGCUAACAAAAAAGACAACGUUAGGACGAAAACACCAAGUUCGUCUGAAUCAAAACGAUCGCUUGCCAGUCUUGUUCGCGGUCCAAAGGCGAGCAGUCUACCCUCCACCCCUUCCUCGAUAUUAGAUAGUGAUAUUCCACAGUUUGGUUCAAGUUCAUCGCCGUUAGUUCCCAAUGCUCUUCAUCCUACGGUGUUCAGUGAUAGUGUAGAUUCUGACAGUAGAAGUCUGAAUGCAUUCUCUGACGAUGAGACAACUUUGAUUGUUAAUGGUGUUAAAAUGAAGAAAUACAAAUCCGCUGACGAUCUGGAAUCAGAACUCGCACCAGCCGCAACGAAGAGCCCACGAUGUCGGUCGGAAGAACUCGAUGUUCUCACGAACGAAAACGACGAAUCAAAACGAAAGAAAGAAAACAUAGACUGGAAGAGUUUUGAGGAAGCUGCAAAAUCUUCACUGUCGAAUGACGUGGAUCGCGCAUGCGAGAUGUGUAGUAACUAUGAAAAACAGCUGCAGAAACUGCAACAGAGAAACGAGGCUUUGUCAGAAGAAACUGCAGAAUUAUCAAAGAAAUUGAAAGAAGAGCAGGAAACUGUUACAGUGAUAAAGAGAGCUUGUGAUCGCCUGGAACAGAGUGUGAAGAUCGCCAGCGAGGAUGCGCAAGCCCAGAUUAAGGUAGCGAUGGACACACAAAGGAGCUUCGAAAGUCUGUUGGAUGAAAUCACCGCUGAUAUUGAUAAAACAAAGAAGGACACCAGCUCCCAAUUGAGCGAGUUGAUGCUUUCCCGAGACAGCUUACUUGCGAAGUACGAACAGCUGUCAGAGAACAGUCGGUCUUUGGCGAAAAGCGGCGGUCAGCAGCGAGUAGCACAGAGACCACAAGAUAAUGUGGAAGGGGUCUUACAAACGGAUUCAAAAACUAACGAAGCUUUGCAAAGUGAGAUCAACUUCCUGAAAGAUCGUGUGGUUGCUGAAGGUGUUGCUAAGGAAAGCUUGGAACAACUGUACCAAGCUGAGAUUGAAGAAUUGGGACGCGAAAUUAGAAACCUAAAAAGCAAAUUAGCCCAGCAGAGCAAUAAGCAACCAUCUGACAGUCGUUCCCAUGACACUUACUCGAAUGAGGUUAUCACAAUUCUGGAAAAACAACUGCAGAAUUCCACUAAAGAAAAUGACAACCUCGUGAAUGAUGUGAAGCAGUUGAAAGCACAACUUCAUUCUUUAAACAGCCAGUUGAAUAACAGCGAAGCAGUUCAAAGGGAUUUUGUACAACUGUCGCAAAGUUUGCAGGUGAAGUUGGAAGAAAUGAAGGAAUCUCAAAAGGAGAUCAAAUGGGAACACGAAGAUGAUGUUUCAUCGUGCAGGAAAUGUGAAAAACCUUUGGAUGUGCCGCAAGAUAAGCACCAUUGCAGACAAUGUGGACGAAUAUUUUGCGACAAUUGCACGAAGCAAACUCUAAGCACUCACUCAUCUCAGCUGCCGCUCAGACUGUGUACAGACUGCGGGACUACGGAGAAAAUACAAAAUGUCCCUUCUGGGGAAAACAUUGACAAAAGUACUGAUAUGGACGAUACCUGAGGGGAUCGGAGAUAUCAUCCGUUGAUAUUUGGUGAUAAACAGGGGUGUUAACCGAUAGCAGCGUUUUCAGCUGUGGUCCUAAUGAACUUUUCUAAAUCAAUGUGUACAAAGCCACUAAACGAUUAGACUUAACUUGCCUUUGGGCGCACAAAUUGUACAUUAAUGACACUAUGGAGAAUGAAAACUUAUAAAAAUAUAUCAGAGUUAUGAAGUGUACGGUUUUAUUAAAAUUUGGGGCUAUGGCACGGGUUUCAGGAUACGAAAUAAACCUAGAGCAUUCAUUCAACGCCGAUGUAGACAAAAAACACAUUAAAUUACAAUAAUUAUGUUGCAAAAAUGUUAAGAAUUACAUUUUAUAUUUUAAAUAUU